GAAGGUGAAAAGCUUGUCUCAAAAGUCCGGCAUCAUCAGUUUCAGUUGGGCAAAAUUUUCUUUGCCCUACCAACAAAUUUAGGCCUGUACGCCUAUGCCCAAAAGUGGGAGGGGGGCCAAAUAAUAUUAUGCAUAAUUGCAUUCCAAAUUAAUUAAGUAAAAAUGGUCGUGUCCCUAGCUUUAGUUCCGAUAAAUAGUCACAAUGCUGCGUUUCGAUCUUGAAAAUACAAUAAAUUCUGCUAACACUUUAAUGUUAUUUUUCAUUUAUUUUAGAGCUGCAAAAUAUUGUGCAAAGUCGGCGAUAAGCGCGCAUGCCAUCCAAAUGCAAACAACUCCUUUUUGUGAAGUGUCGACGCCUAAUUCGCCUACCCUCAGUCCAUGUUGGACUCCAGGAAUUGAUGAAACUAUGACAUGCGCAAGUAUCAUGCAAAGCAAAGAUGUCCUAAACGUUUAUAAUACAGCCAUGGAUGACAUCGCAAGAAAUAUACUUUGUUCUCGAGAACCUUUAGAUUUACAGAUUAAUUCUUGGAACAGCAUUAGUGUAAAACAACAACAACAUUGCAUUAAAAAAGCAACUGAAGUCUGUAUGCUUGUAUGUGAUGUAAUAGCCCCAAACAAUGGCCAACAGCUGUUUGAAGCUAUGGCGUCUUCGAACCCAGUAAAGCUGGAAGGUGAAACUAGAGUGGAUGACUUGGUGAAAACUCUUAUGAACGCAUAUAAAAUUGCUAGUAACAGAAACACCAAAACCCAAAUCCUCAGUCUGUAUGCAUACAAAUAUUCUAUCGGCACUUUAAAGAAAAAUUAACUUGCCGUACGAAAAAUUGUCUUCACGUCAAAUACACAAAGCAAGAUGUCACGCAAAAACCCUAGGACCAGGCACUGUGCCUGAAAAAAAGAAGUAUCAUCGUGUGCGGGUUGACAUGAGCAAAGUGGACCAUUUCAUUGAGUUUAUAAAUCGUCCAUACUUCUACCAGGACGUAUCAUAUGGAAGUAGAAUCUUGAAACUCGACAAUGGGAAAACCAUGGAGAUGCCGAACGUUGUGCGCACCGUAACGGGGUCAACGAUGAUAAGCCAGUAUGCACAGUUUUGCCGAGAGGAAAACGUCGAGCCGCUAGGUCGUUCCACGUUAUUUAAAAUUUUAGAAGUUAGGGAAGCAUCUCAAAGAAAAUUUUUACAAGGGCCUAGACAAUACUGCUGCAGAUGGAUCCGCUGCUUUUCACACAAUUGAAAUGAUUUUCACACAGUUGAUAAUCUUGAAAAAGGAGGGCUGGCCAGGGAAUGGUGUGUUGACGUAAAAGGAAAACUGAGAGAUGCAAAGCGUUACUUAAAGACUGGUUAUCGUGUACACUGCAAGCCAGAGGAAUCCACAUGCCCUGACCAUUGUCGUAAGUAUGCAUUAAGGAGGCUCCCUACAGUUGCGUGCGGGAUGUUCGCGGGACCAGUACGUGAACUAUCCCACGCAACCGCAUGAUCAAAACAAAACAAAAUAUUUUUUUUUAAAAAAAGCUAUUUCUGAAAGGUUUCUAAUGGGAAAAAGCGUUGAAUAAUACUUCGUUUUGAGUGCCAAAUUGCUUGCGAGUCUAUACAGCAAUUCUACAUAUGAUACGAAUACCACUAGACCAAAAAUAGCUACGAAACAAUGUUUUUUAAUGUUUUUAAAAUAUACAUUGUCAACUGUAAAACAUUUGCAAAAUUGCAUACAAACGUUUAAAAAGUUGUUUACUUCUCAAGAAAACGUUCACGUUUUUAGUCGUGUUUCUACAAGAUUAAAGUGAUUAUAUGUAAACAGAAAAAUAUUUCAGUUUCCGAUCUCUAAUUGUUCAUUUUUAGCAAAAAGUACAAAACCAAACAUGAAACAAAAAAACACGUCCACCUGUUAAUAGGCUGUUACAGCUCAUAGAUUGAGUAAACGGCAGGAUUCAAUUAGCUUCAACCUUGUUUUCAUCGAUUUAAUCCUUCACAAUAAUCCUUGGCUGUCUGUGGCACUCAAAUAAAUCGAAAAGUUGACAAAAACAAAACAGUAAAAACAUUGCGGCUCGAUUUUGCUGAAUGAAAACUCGUUCUGCGCCCGCGUACAAUCUUUUACUAGUCAGCGACGCUUUUCAAUAGGGGAAUUUCUCGAGUUACACGAGGCUAUUUUCUAACUUUAUUUGCAUUUUACUCAUUAGUUUCGUCGGUGACCUAUCUUCAAAUUUUAACCACGAAUUUAUUUUGCGGUAAAUUUUAUAAAUUUCAAAUUUAAAAAAAAUCUGUAGUGUGGAAAUUUCGCAAUAAAUUUUUCGCUUUUAAAAAAAUCGCACACUACAGAAUUUUUUUAAACUUUCACCACAGUUGCAGAGCAUCAUUCCUUAUUGAUAUAUGAAAUAAAAAAGAUGGGUCACCGACAUCGUUUUUGAGAUAGCGGCACAUUUAUGGGUUAAAUUGGAAGGCUUUAUGCUGUCGUCAUGUUGCCAUGGGAACAUUGACAUCGUCGAAAUCUAGUUCGAAAUAUUCCUUAGGUGACCAAUAUUACCACCAAGUCGAAAAGAAUUCGCGUUCUGCACGAAUAAGCCUGUUUUACGGAAUUGUUGCUUAAACAAGAAUAACUGUAGGGAGCCACCUUAAGCGACGAAAAUGACUCCGAUUAUCAGGAAAAAUGUUCACACCAACACUCUGAAAUUUUCAAAGACUGCUGCAAUCUCGUAGACGUCCUUCAUGACAUAGAGUGCAAAAUUCAACGCUCAGUAUGGAACCCGUACAGCGACGAGCAGCGAGAAGAUCUACAAUACGAUUUUAAACAGGCUCGCUCGCACAUCUCGCAAUGGAAGGCUCACAUACUUAGAUCUGCUAACCAAGAAGCAGCAAAGCAGGAUCACUUGAAGAUAAUUACCAACAAAUCGAAUGUGGCACUUGUAGUAAUGGACUGGGCGAUGAAGUUCCAGCAACUGAGGUAUCGUGAAAAGCAGUCAGACUGGUUCGGUAAAAGAGGUGUAAGCUGGCACAUAUCUACGGUUAUUUAUAAGUAAUAGCAUAGAGAGAGGCGAAUUAGCUAUUAAAACGUCCCGCCCGAUGAGGGUCGUUCAGUAAAAAUCCCUUGGGCGCCGCUUGAUGAGGGUAUAUCGCCAUAUCUUCUAAAGAUACUGCUGAAGAUGAAUCAAAAUAGAUUUGAAAAAGACAGUUUUCAAAAUAGAUGAGUUGUUAAAAGCACUACUAUCUGCAUGCAUGUUCCGCGGUUAUUGUGCCUGGAGGCAUUCAGCCAACCAAAUGAUGGCAGUCUGCCAUAUAAAUAUUUACAGUUCUUAAAGCUGCAUGUGGUUGAUGAAACAAUUUCAAAAUAUAUAUAGUAAACUGUACAAGAACAGUUUUAUCAGGUCAAAAAUAGUUUUGUAUUUGGUUUUGUAGAUAUAUAAAGUGCUCGAUACUGAAAUUAUGUAUAUAUAUAUGGGCGGCCGUUACCACCAAAAAUACUGCACGUGUGAAAUGAAUGGACAUAAACAGAACUGAUUCAUUGUAAACACAAACGAUUCAUUGUGUGUAGAAAUGAUUGAACAUAACGUAGUAACGUGACUGGACAAGAUGAGAAACAAUUCAUCUAAACUUGAAAUGAUUCACCUCGCAGUGGUCUAAUUCGAUUAGUGCUGUGUUAAUUCAUGUAGACAAUGUGAAAUGGCUCAACGUGUUUUGCAAUGAUUUAACAAGUCAUGAACAAAUGAUUCAUUUCAUGCUAUUUUGAAACCAUUUACCGUGUUUUGAAAUGAUUCAACUAAAUGUAAAACGAUUCAACUAAAUGUGAACUGAUUCAACUUAAUGUGAAUUGAUUCAACUUAAUGUGAAACGAUUCAAUAUAACGUGAAACGAUUCAAUUUAAUGUGAAUUGAUUCAACUAAAUAUGUAACGAUUCAACAUAAUGCGAUUCGACUGGAUGCGAUGUGAAGUGAUUUGAUGUAUUUUGAAAUGACGUAAUUUGUGCGGUCUCGGCGCGUGUUGUUGUGAAGUGAUUCAACUAGUUUUGAAUUGAUUCGACGUAAUGUGAAAUGGCUUAAUUAAAUGGGAAGUGAUUGGAUUAGAUGGUGAUUGAAAUUAGUCGUUUCCACUUGGAAAAAAAUUCCUUCAAAACAGAGAAGCAAUUUGGUAUUUUUCGUAAGUGCUUUUGGCUACUCUGCCGACCUCGUGUUGUUUUUCGAAACUGUUUCCCAAGGCGUUUUUUUAUUUGCAUUUAUCGUGGAAUUGUUGUUUAGCAAGGUAGGUUUCGGCUGUCUUGAUGGAAAUAUAACAGUAAGAGUGUGAUUUUCUUCUAGGAAAGUUUUAAAUGUGCUUUUUGUAUUGUUUUUAUAAACAUGUCACUAUUAAUACACGAGAUAAUUUGUCGAAAUUUUUAAUACAAGAUACAACUUUUAUAGUGCAUUUAUAAUUUGCAUUAUCCUAAAAUCCUAACUGCUGAUUCGGCCUGAAUCGGUCUAUAAAAUAAAUAUUUAAGCUGACGUUCAGGCGUAAAUACUGAUGACAAAAAAAACAACUCGCGGUAUAAAAUAUUUCAGUACAAUUUUAUACUCCUGAGGGAUGGAAAUGAGGGAAUGAUCGCUUGAUCAAAACAAUUCGAUUAUUUGAAUUUUGAAACACACAAAUUUGAAAGCAAAGCGAUUUGUUUUACUUCUUAUAAUACAUAGCUAAACAUGUAUCAGUUUGCAACUUUGUUCUCAUGAAAAAUUGAAAAUCCCUCUUCCAUAUUUCCAAAACAUGUGAUACAAUGGUCAUGCACUAACCAUCUCCAUUGUUCUUUUGCGUAAGCGCUAUUCUUCAAGAUUUGUCACUCAACAAGUGCCCUAUAAACAGAAGUAGGCAUUCCAGGGGGUGACUACUUCUGUUUAGGGUACUCUUGCCAUAGAGAUUAUAAACAACACUAGACGGGAGGCAUUGUAAUCUUAAUUCAGUAAAAAAAGGGGACACGGCUAUUGGGGGGCAAAAUCAAGUCCCGGAUGUGUAUUCGUGUUCCCAUUGGUGACGAGUUUCAAAUCAGCCAAUGAGAGCACGAUUUUAUAUCCGGGACUUGAAUUUGCCCCCCAUAGCUGCGUCCCAAUAGUUUUAAACUUGAUUCCUCCUCUAGUGUUAUUUAUAAUCUCUAUGGUACUUGCUGGGUAACGAAUCAUGACGAAUAGCGCUUACGCAAAAAGCAAUGGAGAUGGCUUUCUGUAUAGUAUUCUAUUCCCUUAGGCAUGGGCUUAGGAAGCAAAGGCCCCCUUCCCCAAUAUUUAAUAAGGUGGGGGGGCGGGAUAACUUCUCGACCUCCAAAAAUGAUUGGAUUUAAAAAGAAAAUUACUGCGAAAUUCUCGAAACUGGACGUAUUUGAAACCGAAUAUCAUAUUAAUAACGUAUCUGCAAUUAGCCUUUCUCACGCCGCCAUUUUUGGGGUACGGUCUUUUCCAAAUCUGAGAUUGUGUAUUGUUAUUUCAAUAAAAUAUAACAACAUUCAGUUUGCUUGUUUUUGUCAUUGGAUGUUUUUGGUCUAUGCUGCUUGUUAAGGCAGCGGUAUUUAGUUGCUCAAAUAAUUAUCCGGCUAACACAGUCGCAAACAAAAAAUCAAAAUUCAAAUCGAAUUGUUUUGAUCAAGCUAUCAUUCCCUCAUUUCCAUCCCUCAAGAGUAUAAAAUUGUACUUUGAACUGGUUUUCAAUACACAGACGCAGUAUAUAUUGAGGUUAUGACCGACAGGCGACAUUCCUUAAAAAGAGGCGACAGACUAUCUAAAAAAGAGCGACAAACGACAGCUUCUGAUUGGGGAAAAGCGACAAAUUGCGAUUUGUGUUAUGGGUCAAAAGUGACAGCAACAUUUAUUACAAUAAGGGGCCGAUUACAUGGAGCAUUUUCAACCCCGGGGUUGAAAUUUCAACCCAGCUUCAGGUAGCAUGGUUAAAAUUUCAACCCCGGGGUUGAACUCAGCCCUGGGUUGAAAAUUUUGUCAUGUAAUUGUUUCAACCCAGGGCUGAAAUUAGAGUUAUUCGAACAUGCGUGGUAGUGAGUUUAUUACAAGAAAACAAAAUAAAGGCUUUUUACUUCCGCGAAUCGAUGCCGGUAACGCAUAGUAUAACGUUUUAACCCCGGGGUUGAAAUCGUCCAUGUAAUCGCAAAAAAUUUCAACCCGGUUAAUAGGGCUGAGUUCAACCCCGGGGUUGAAAAUAAUCCAUGCAAGGACGAAACUUGAGCGGGGUGUGCCCCCCCCCCCCACGUACAAAUCAUCUGGAUUGGCAGGGCAAAUCAUCUGGAUUGGCAGGGCAAUGAAAGAUUUUAAAUGAUAGAAUGUAGAGUUAUUAAGUAGCUUCCAGGACUUCCAGAGGGAAUUUAAUAGAAUUUAUAGAACUAAAUUUUACAGAUAUUCGGGUAAAAAAAUAAGGGUUUCAUUCAUGUUUUAACAGGAAUUUGUCCGAAAAAAUUUUUUUGACCCUUAAUUUAAUUGGUUUAUGCCCGGAAAAAUUUUUUCGCCCCUUUUUUAAAUGUACGGAAAAAUUUUUUUCGACCUUCCAACAUUUUUGAGAGAAAGUGGAAAAAAAACUUUUGCUGCAUGGCAUCAUCGGCUUUCGCAGAGCAAGUAUAGCAGACAACCCCCCACCCCCAAUUAAAAGGGGCUAGUUUCGCACCUGGCUCCAUGUAAUCGGCCCCUAAAACAAGCGACAAAAUAGCUACAAAAUUAGUGACAAAAAUACACCCUUGGUGAGCCUCUAUAUUGAAAUAUUUUAUACCGCGAGUUGUUUUUUUUGUCUUCAGUAUUUACGCCUGAACGUCAGCUUAAAGAUUUAUUUUAUAGGCCGAUUCAGGCCGAAUCAGCAGUUAGGAUUUUAGGAUAAUGCAAAUUAUAAAUGCACUAUAAAAGUUGUAUCUUGUAUUAAAAAUUUCGACAAAUCAUCUCGUGUAUUAAUAGUGACAUGUUUAUAAAAACAAUACAAAAAGCACAUUUAAAAACUUCCCUAGAAGAAAAUCACACUCUUACUGUUAUAUUUCCAUCAAAACAGCCGAAACCUACCUUGCUAAACAACAAUUCCACGAUAAAUGCAAAUAAAAAAACGCCUUGGGAAACAGUUUCGAAAAACAACACGAGGUUGGCAGAGUAGCCAAAAUCACUUACGAAAAAUACCAAAUUGCUUCUCUGUUUUGAAUGAAUUUUUUCCAAGUGGAAACGACUUAUUUCAAUCACCAUCUAAUCCAAUCACUUCCCAUUUAAUUAAGCCAUUUCACAUUACGUCGAAUCAAUUCAAAACUAGUUGAAUCACUUCACAACAACACGCGCCGAGACCGCACAAAUUACGUCAUUUCAAAAUACAUCAAAUCACUUCACAUCGCAUCCAGUCGAAUCACAUUAUGUUGAAUCGUUACACAUUUAGUUGAAUCAAUUCACAUUAAAUUGAAUCAAUUCACAUUACAUUGAAUCGUUUCACAUUAAGUUGAAUCAAUUCACAUUACAUUGAAUCGUUUCACAUUAAGUUGAAUCGUUUCACAUUAUAUUGAAUCGUUUCACAUUACGUUGAAUCAAUUCAAAACUAGUUGAAUCACUUCACAACAACAUGCGCCGAGACCGCACAAAUUACGUCAUUUCAAAAUACAUCAAAUCACUUCACAUCGCACCCAGUCGUUUCACAUUAAGUUGAAUCAAUUCACAUUUAGUUGAGUCAAUUCACAUUAAGCUGAAUCAAUUCACAUUAAGUUGAAUCGUUUCACAUUGUAUUGAAUCAAUUCACAUUAUAGUGAAUCAAUUCACAUUAUAUUAAAUCAAUUCACAUUAAGUUGAAUCAAUUCGCAUCAAGUUGAAUCGUUUCAUAUUUAGUUGAAUCAAUUCACAUUAUAUUGAAUCAAUUCACAUUAAGUUGAAUCAGUUCACAUUUAGUUGAAUCGUUUCACAUUUAGUUGAAUCAUUUCAAAACACGGUAAAUGGUUUCAAAAUAGCAUGAAUCAUUUCUUCAUGACUUGUUAAAUCAUUGAAAAACACGUUGAGCCAUUUCACAUUGUCUACAUGAAUUAACACAACACUAAUCAAAUUAGAAAACUACGAGGUGAAUCAUUUCAAGUUUAGAUGAAUUAUUUCACAUCUUGUCCAGUAACGUUACUACGUUAUGUUCAAUCAUUUCUAAACACAAUGAAUCAUUUGUGUUUAUAAUGAAUCAUUUCUGUUUAUGUCCAUUCAUUUCACACGUGUAGUAUUUUUGGUGGUAACGGCCGCCCAUAGUUCAAACUGCACAUGAGAUGGAUCACUUAAAGAUGCAAUAUCUAUCCAGUACAUCAUAAAUAGAUCCUCACCUCUUUAGCGACUUUUUCCAAUGCCAGGUUGGUUAAGGUCUUCGGGCCUCCGAUCCAGGUCAUAUUCUUAAAGAUUUCGCUGAUUAUUGUAGCAUUGAAAUUAUUAUCAAGAUUGAAUCUUAUACCAGUCGUGGCAUUAUCACUAAAUUGGAGGAAUCCAAUGCGUAUCAUAUUGCGGCUUACGUCCAAACGUGAUACCAAUUUGCUUAAACAAUUUCGAACUUUUUUUAUAGGCCCAGGUCCAAUGCUGGCUGAGUCAUCAACGACAAGGAAUAAGUCCCUUGGCUUUCCAACACAUUUUUCUAAAGAAUGAAAAACACUGUCGCAAUUGAGCUAUACUAUAAAUAACUAUAUACUUACAUUAUUUAUACUAGCUAGAUCAUUCUGUCAUGCAGUCUGAUCAUAUAUAUAUAUAUAUAUAUAUAUAUAUAUAUAUAUAUAUAUAUAUAUAUAUAUAUAUAUAUAUAUAUAUAUAUAUAUAUAUAUAUAUAUAUAUAUAUAGAUAUAUAGAUAUAUAGAUAUAUAUAGAUUGCAAUCCUUAAACUCUAAAACCUUAAACCUUAAACUCUAAGCGAAAAUGUUCUCGAGCGUGUAUUUCAUAAUUUCCAUACCCAGCGCAAGCAGAAAGAUAUUGUCUGCCGCGACUGGGUCUUGAACCCGCGACCUUCGAAUUACUAGAUCGACGCUCUACCAACUGAGCUACACGGUCAGACGGAUUUAAGAGGCAGUCCGUGUAAAAACCGACCACUCGAAUUUCUUAAGAUUACAGAUUUCCUUCUAACUUUCUGUGUGGAAAAAGUCAUUCAUAAAAUGAACAAAAAACGUUGACUUUGAAAUUGUAGUCAGUUUUAAAAAAUCUUUCGCAAUUAUUUUCGGACGCGUUCGAAAACAAGUUAAAACGUUAAUUACGCAAAUGAUAUUUGAGCUUUAUUAUAUCUCACAGUUCAUCUCGCGCUUUUAUUCUAACUUCUUGAAACUUACAUAUUUUAUUAUUUUCUGCCUAGGCAUAGACCAAAACUAAAAAUUAUGCUGAUCACUUGAAGCAAACAAUAUAUUGUGUAUUUUUAAAAACGUCUUUCAGACAGCUGAUUAAAUAUUCGUGUUAGUAUGCUGGCGGUAAAUUAUUUUUUCUCAAAAGUGCAACGGUAUCAGGUAUCCAAUCUAUUGCAGCCACUGAGUAUUAUGACACAUCUACUAGAAUAAAUAAUAAAAUCUUUGGGCAGUGUGUUUUUCGCCUGACAAGCGCGUCAUGAAUAUAGUCAAUUUUCGCUAAUUCCUCUAAUUAUAAGCUAUAAUUUCUUUUUGUAUUUACUUAAAUUUUUCGAGUUAAAAACAUACAAAACUGUUUACUGUUUCAAAUAUGGCUGUUUUUUGGAUAGAGAGUAAGUUAUAAAUAUGCCAGCAAUUAUAUAUGCUUUAAAUUUUACGUUUAUUGGUAUCAUUAAAUACUACAUGGAUGGUAUAUAUAAACAAAAAUGUAUAAGAAAAGUGCGGGAAAGGAUAUAUGUGUGCCAAUUUAUACGAAUGUCUUGAAGGAGCACUUUUUUCUCAUCAGUCAUAGAUCAGGAGUACUUUUUUUUGGGACACCCGGUAUAUAUAUAUAUAUAUAUAUAUAUAUAUAUAUAUAUAUAUAUAUAUAUAUAUAUAUAUAUAUAUAUAUAUAUAUAUAUAUAUAUAUAAUAUAUAUUUUUACAAAAUUAUACAGUGUUCUCCGGAUUGUAAUAAUUUGUUAAAAAAAAAGUACAAACAAAUAAAACAAAACAAACAAAACAAAAAACUGACAAAAAACAAACAAAACAAAACAAAUUAUUACAAUCAACAAACAAAUUAUCAAACAAAUUAUUACAAUCCGGAGAACACUGUAUAAUUUUGUAAAAAUUAUAAUUUAAUAAAAUGCCUGGAUUACAAAUCUUCAAAUCUAUUAAAUAUAAUAUAUAUAUAUAUAUAUAUAUAUAUAUAUAUAUAUAUAUAUAUAUAUAUAUAUAUAUAUAUAUAUAUAUAUAUAUAUAUAUAUAUAAUGAAGGUUGCAGUUAGCAACCGAAAAUUUAGAACUUUUUUAGACUUUUUAUUGUACAUAUUCUAGUAUUUUAAAAAGAAUUUUAGACCAGCUUCAACUCCAAAACUAUCAUGUAUUCCACUGGUCGCCCCAACAGCAUAUAUAUAUAUAUAUAUAUAUAUAUAUAUAUAUAUAUAUAUAUAUAUGAUAGUUUUGGAGUUGAAGCUGGUCUAAAAUUCUUUUUAAAAUACUAGAAUAUGUACAAUAAAAAGUCUAAAAAGUUCUAAAUAACUGCAACCUUCAUCAGAGUACUAAGAGCAGUUCGGAUAGUUCAAGGUUUUUAAAUAUCGUCAUUAUUGCCACAUGAUUGCACAAGCGAUAAAUACAUGCGUGGGAAUUCUUUGUGUUCGUUAAUUGUUUUAUUGUCUAAUAUUGAAUGCAUCGACUCGAGGAACGUUCGUUUUUCUAAAUUAUGUACUCUUUUCUCUAAGAUUGUAGCAUUGUUAAUAGAGGCAUUAUGUCCUGUGCUCUCUGCGUGGUCUUUGAUUGCUGACUUAAUCUCCGGUCUUACGCCUGGUUUGUGUUCUGCCCAACGUGAUUGCCACGAUCUCUUACUUUCUCCAACAUACUUAAAUGAGCAAUCUGGACAUUCGAAUUUAUAAACAAUGCCUUUAACCUCCGUGAUCUUCUGCUUGUCUUUUGGUUUACCAAAAAUGUCCCCUAAGCAUGGCAUGGGUUUAUAUAUUGUCUUAAUACCAGCACUUUUAAGCAGCUGUUUUAUCUGUUCUGAUAUGCCUUUCAUGUAUGGAAUACAAGAUAACCCUUUAAUUUCCGGUUCGUCAUUAGUGUUGGAAAACGACGUGCUGGAACUUGUCUGGAAGAUGAAUUUCUCUGGAUAUCCGUUGAGCUUUAAUUCUUGGACAACACGUUCCUUUUCUUCCUGUUUUUUAUUGUCAGUAGAAGGAAUGCUGUCGGCUCGAUCAAGUAAGGUCUUAACUACGGCUCGCUUACUUUGGGUGGGAUUAUGAGAGUGAAAGGAUAGAUAUUUAUUGGUAUGUGUAUCCUUACGGUAUACACUUACUUCAAUGGUACCGUUUUUAAGAAUUGUAAUGUGGGUAUCAAGGAAAGAAAUUGCUUCACCGUGGUUUGAUUCUGAUGGCAAUUCAAUUGUAAACUGAAUGUUUUUGUUGAUAGUGUUCAGGUGGGUGUGGAAUUGUUCAAUGUCACUUUUGCGUAGACAUGAAUUGGAGUCGUCAACAUACCUUCGCCACCAGCGUACUGGGACAGGUGACGUGUUGAUGGCAAUUGACUCUAUCUCUUGCAUUACUAUCUCAGCUAUGACUGCACUAACAGGUGAUCCCAUGGCGCAUCCUGACUUCUGAUGAUAGUGUGUCUCAUUGAAUUUAAAGUAACAAUUGCUAAGUAGGAAUUUUAAUAGUUUCACAACUUGUUCUUCUUUCAGUGCUGUAUGUGACUUCCAUGAAUCAGUUUCUUUAAGUUUCUUUUGUACAAUAUGCAAGGCAAACGGAACAGGUAUGGAUGUGAAUAAGGACACAACAUCAAAAGAGACGAUAGUUUCAUCCGUCGCUAACCUUUGACUUUUGGCAAAAUCAGCGAAUUCCUUCCCAUUAUUUAUAGAAAACUCGUUUUUUGCGCAAAAGGUCUUUAACAAUUUUGCAAGGUGUUUUGAUAGGGAAUAUGUAGGUGAACCAAUGUUGCUGUUAAUUGGACGUAAAGGAAUGACGUCCACAGAACUUUCGCUCAGGGUAUAGUGGUCUUAGUUGCAGAUGAGAGACACUUUAUUGACUUUUGGCAAACCAUAAAAUGUAGCAGGGGAAGAAUCAAAAGCUCGUAGCUGCCAAUAUUUUCUAUCAGUUAUGUUUCCCGAGCGUCGAAGCUCUGCAACCAAGACCACUAUACCCUGAGCGAAAGUUUUGUGGACGUCAUUCCUUUACGUCCAAUUAACAGCAACAUUGGUUUACCUACAUAUUCCCUAUCAAAAUACCUUGCAAAAUUGUUAAAGACCUUUUGCGCAAAAAACGAGUUUGCUAUAAAUAAUGGGAAGGAAUUCGCUGAUUUUGCCAAAAGUCAAAGGUUAGCGACGGAUGAAACUAUCGUCUCUUUUGAUGUUGUGUCCUUAUUCACAUCCAUACCUGUUCCGUUUGCCUUGCAUAUUGUACAAAAGAAACUUAAAGAAACUGAUUCAUGGAAGUCACAUACAGCACUGAAAGAAGAACAAGUUGUGAAACUAUUAAAAUUCCUACUUAACAAUUGUUACUUUAAAUUCAAUGAGACACACUAUCAUCAGAAGUCAGGAUGCGCCAUGGGAUCACCUGUUAGUGCAGUCAUAGCUGAGAUAGUAAUGCAAGAGAUAGAGUCAAUUGCCAUCAACACGUCACCUGUCCCAGUACGCUGGUGGCGAAG